UCCUGCUGGCACUGCUUAUAUGCUGUAAUGUUUCAUAAUGUUCGUAAAAAUUUAAAACAUUAAAUAAGUAAUGCAGGUAAAAUGCUGCAAUGCGUCGGGCGUCUUAAAUUACUGUUAAUAAUUUUACAUGCCUGUUUAAUUUAAUUAUCUUAUAUCGAAUCUAGUCAUCAAAUUAAUGCUACUUUAAAAUCCGAGGAGUUCUUAUGUAGUGCACAGUUGACUAAGUUAUUUCUUUACUCGCAUUAUCUUACCAUGGCGAUUCAAAAUAAAGUUCUAUACGCAUUUCGCGGCUGGAUAGCUUUCGUGGCCUUCAUGGACCUAGGGACAGCUGGCCGAUCAUACAUAGAAAAAAGGUCCUUUUUAAGCCAUAACGGUGAAAAUGAUCCUUUGGACGGUACAAUAUCAAGAAUGUUGGGAAUGUUUUCUGUCUUGAAAGCUUUGGCAUUGAUACAUUGUACAUUGUACAUACAUUAUAGGCCAGUUGUUUCAAUGGGUUACUGGUCGCUGGUGCUGAAUAUCGUGCUAUAUUUCUCUGAAGCCUUCUACUUUCACUCAACUACUCUCAACUUUUAUGUGGUCUUCCCAUGUGUUUUGAAUAUACUUACCCUCCUUGGAUUAAUCUACCUGCCAUCAAAAAUAAAACUUUGGGGUACCAUCCCCGGUACAUCAGGGAUGGAGAGGGACUUAGACGAUGAAAAUGUGCAAAUACUUCGACAGAUGGGCAAUUUCCGAAGACGAAAAGGAAAUCCAGUAAAAAAUAAGCAUGUUUGAUUGACAGGUAUAACUAGAGUUAAGCGGAUGUUGGGCGUUAUAUAUGCCGUAAGUAAUUCUAAAGCAACCUAUUUGUCCAAUCUAUACACUAUUAGUAUCUCUCUAUCUCUUGUCUCGCUUUAACAGUAUUUGAGUGCGACAAAAAUGGCCACCCUGCAGUAAUGAUUAAGGUCAUUUCUAGGUCAAUAUUUACAAUUUAGUAAAUUAAUAUUUUUUGUACAAAAUGUUCUUCACAAUUAAAGACUCCCUGGGACUUGUCUCCUAAAGAAUGUUGUUAAAAAAAUAUUCACUAUUUAAAUAUAUACCUGUCGCAGCCAACUAGCUUAAUCAGCCGUUCAAUUAUCAGCCUAGCCGUUUAACUAACGGCCAGUUGAUUAAACAACUAGACAACAAAUUUAAUUCCACUUUUUGCCAAUCUCAAACUCGAAACGAAACUCUUCACACUGUCAAUAUGGCGUUGGCAAACCACAACUUUGAUGGUGUUUUCCAAAGUAUCAUGAUAAACAGUGUGCAGUAGUGACAAUAAUGUGAAGUUGACUUAAGCAAUUUAAUUUUAAAAGAAAUAUAUUUUAUGUCAUAUUUAUUACGAAUGGCCUAAGCAUUAGGCAGCCAGUUUAUUAAAUGUUGUAACAAACGCUACGGCUUAAUAUCUUUCGGGCUGUUAGUUAAACGGCUAGGGUGUUAAUUGAACGGCUAAUUAAGCUAGUUGGCUGCGACAUACCUACCGAAAAAAAUACUUGAUAUUUCAGUUGUAAUGAGUACGACAUGCAGCUUAUGUAACUUAGAAGUUUGCUUCGACGUUGACUUGUAUAAUAUUUGCAAUAUUUUUCCCUUCAAACCUUAACAUUAGGCUUAGAAGUAUUUGAAUUUAUAGAACAUUGUCUUAAGAUGCACGAUGUUGUUUUGCAAGGCACUUUCCUAUUUCCACCUUUGCCUUAUAAGACUUGUUUAAUGUGAUUCCCUUAUUACUGGAUUGUUUCGUGGAUUUAUACACUAACUAUUUAUUGCGACAUUUUCUUUGCGUUGUAUUGAAAAAUGUCAGUUGUCAGUUAAUACUUGGAAUGAAGUGUUCGCAGUAGCUUGCGCGAUGACCAAUAGUAUUUUAUCGUUUUAAUUGCAAAAAUCAUGCAUUACUUACCUAAAAGCUUAUGAAGUAGGUGAUCAAAUAUGGUUGAAUGUGAUAAUACACAAUAAUGCGGGUGUUAAAAACAGUGCUAACUCGUCCGAUAUAUGUCUUUUCCCUCUUGCCACCUUUUUCCGGGAUUCACCUUAUAUCCGCAUUGUAAGGAAACCGCAAACAGCUAUUCAUCACUUCCUCAUUUUUCCGACUUUCGUUAUUUUAUCUUAAUUUUGAAUUGAAUAUAUUUUUUACCAUUAAUUGCGCAGUCUUGCAAUCAUCUAGGGUUUGUUUAGUUUAUUCCAUAACACGUCCAAUGCCUCAGAAUAAGGAUAUUUUAUCUUAAUGGCGUAUCGCCUAAAUGUUGGGAUAGAGUUGGUUUGUUUGGUAGAUUAAGCCUACUCAAUAACGUGGCGUAGACAUGCCAUGUCUAUUUGAAGAAAAAGAAAAACCAGUACUUGUUUUAAAAUCUCUAUCAGUUUAAGGCAAAGCACAGUAGACUAUGCAUUAACACUUAAAUAAUUUCUUAGGAUUAGAAAGUUUAAUCUAUAAAAGCGCCAAUAUUAAACUAUAUAGAAAUCUACGCCAACAAACCAAAAACUAAUUUUCUAUACGUAGAUAAACACAAUUUUUACAAAAUGGACUCAUUUGUACAAAUCUGUGCCAAGGAAAUAUAUUUAAUGUUAUUUAUAAUGUAGGUCUACCGCCUAAGACCCAAGCCCUCCAUAGUUAUAAUAUUUCUAUGGGGUCAAAUGUUUGUAAAUUAUCGGUUUAGUUUGUGAAUUUAAACUACUUUGAUUGAGACCCUUACAGUUCAUACAGUAGUGUUAAUAAUAAGUCACUGCAUAUUAUUUCAAACUUUACUAACAGUAUAUACGGAUAAGUAUGGCGUUUAUUACUUCAAUGAUUUUUAUGCGGAUUGAAACCUUUUCCUAUUUUCGUAAAAAUGUCGUACUGUAAAGAAGUGGAUACUUAUUAUAAAAAGUGUAUGAUUUACUGUCGCGCUCCGUGUUGGAAGUAUCCUUCCUUCCUUAGUAGUUAAUCCUUCGGUCCGGAGUGGUAAAUACCAUUAGAUUUCAAAAUUCUAAACAGUCCUCUGCAUCCGUAAGGUAAGCCCAUAGCUGUAUAGUAUAACAGUUAUGGGCAGACUGAUCAGACUGAUCAGUAUUUUUGUUUUUUUUUAAAGUCCUUCAUCCACAUAUCAAGUAGGUCGUAUUGCAAAGUGUUUUGAAUAUUUAUAGAGGAUUUUGAAACGAAAUAAAUUUCUUUAAUAAUUUCCGCCAAUUUCUUUUUGUUUUAACACCUUAAACUAGAUAAGGCUAUGUUUUUUUUUAUAGUUUGUUUACCUUUUCGUACUAAUGCACGGUUUAAUAAAUUUUCAGAUCCUCCUAAUAGUUAUUAAUGUUUUGAUUUCUAAGAGUUACCAUGAUUUUUAUAAACUAUAGACACUUUUGUAAGCUAUGUAGAAAUCCGCUUUUCCAGAAUAAGUUAGAAGAGUGAAGAAGAGAAAAGACUUUCUGGAAUACGCGUAGUGCUUUAAUAGUUUUUUACUGUACUUAUAAAAAAAAUCCUAUAUAUUAUAACUGUGAGUUCUGUGCAACAGUAUGAAAAUUAUUUACCAAAGAAUGUUAGUCUGUUUACAGAUUUAAUUAGACUAGACCAGUGGUGGGCAAACUUUUUAAUGCCGGGACACAAAGUUUAAGAAAAUCUAGAGGAAAGCCAGAAUUAUAGAAUAAAUGCAUUGUUGUUAAA